AUGAAGAUUUCGUGGAUAUUCAUUGGUGUAUUGUUCGCGGUAUUUGCAUACAAUUUUGCUGAGGCAGACGCAUAUGCUGAAGCUGAAGCUGAGGCUGAAGCAGAACCAUCAGCACAACUGAGUUUGUUCGGAUCGAGGGGCUCGAGCUCAGGCUCGAGCUCGUCAUCUGGCUCAUCAAACAAAAUAACAGUUCGACGUUGCCGAUGCAGACGCAAGAAGUGCCCAACAACAAGUGCCAGUAGCAGUUGCAAAUGUAGAAAAUCAAAGAAGGCCAACAAAUGUCCAACCGUUUGUCCCAUACCGUUUUCAAAUGGUGGCAACUCAGGUGGCAACUCAGGUGGCAAAUCAGGUGGCAACUCAGGUGGAUACUCAGGUGGAUACUCAGGUGGCAACUCAGGUGGCAAAUCAGGAGGCAACUCAGGUGGAUACUCAGGUGGCAACUCAGGUGGCAACUCAGGUGGUAAUGGUACCAACGGUGGCAACAACAACGGUGGCAACAACAACGGUGGCAACAACAACGGUGGCAACAGUGGUGGUAAUGGAGGCAGUGCCACAUCAUCGCCGUCAUCGACAUCAAGCACAAGCUCAACCAGCGCAAAUAAGGAAUUGACAAUACGAAUUCUUCUUCCUAACAUUUCCUUUUCCGACGGCGGUAGCGGUGGUUCAGCCACAUCAUCGACCUCUUCGACUUAA